GCAAUACUUACUCUCUGGUGUCAUCAGCAAUGAUCAGAGAGUAUACAGUUAUUGGACCUUCUUUGUUUGUGGAAUGCUUUUUAUUCAUUUUGUUAGUCAAUAUUAGCGAAUAUUAGUGAAUGGGACGACAGUAACAUUUACGAGUUGUGAGAUUUGUUAUUUUGUGUUGCGUACUUAAGGUAUAUACCUGGAAUACUCCAUCAUGCUGUAUUUAUAUCUUGCAAUUUUUCUGACUACUGCCUCCAUGACUAUUGAUGCCAUUGGAAGUUGCAAUGAAGCCAUGUGUGCUAGUGUUGUGAGCAAAUGUAUGUUGACUCAAUCGUGUAAAUGUGAUCUGAAGAACUGUUCAUGCUGUAAGGAAUGUUUCAACUGCUUGGGAGAGUUGUAUAGCGAUUGCUGUUCAUGUGUGGAUAUGUGCCCAGAGCGUAAUUACAUUGGUAGUUCUCUGAGCAAGAAAAGUUAUGUGGAAGACUUUCCUGACCCACAGACUGUUCUAUUCAGUGUUUUAACUGCCGAACCUGAUACAUUAGAGAGAUGGGUUACAUACAACACUGCAAUUGAUAUAGACUCUCCUUUAAAUUCGAAGUUCAAUAAGCAUUUUAAAUAUAAUCAUAUUUAUGAAGAUCGCACAACGAAGGAUGUGGCAGCCUUUAAUUGCACUGUAGCAUACAUCACUCAGUGUGUUUCAUGGAACAAAUGUCGUAUGGUGUGUCAGUCAAUGGGUUCAUCUGCUUAUCGAUGGUUUCAUGAUGGAUGCUGCGAGUGCAUUGGACAUUCAUGCAUCAACUACGGAAUUAAUGAAAACAGGUGCCCAAAAUGUCCAUUGAAAGAGGUUGAUGAUGAGGACGUAGAUGAAUAUUACAACUCUUUAGACAGUGAAGAACUUCCAGAAGAACAAACUUUGAAAUGAUUUUGGUCGCAAGAGGAAAAAGGUCGUUGCUUUGAUAGAAGUGUAACUAUUUAUCAAUUUUAUCAGACAAAUAUUUUGGAAAACCACCAACAGUCAUAUCUUACUAGUUCAGAUAUGAGAUUCAAUGCAAUUAUACAAUUUUCACUUUUUCUUGAAUCCAUGAAAAAGAUAUAAAAGUGUCUAAAUACUUAUUUGUGUAUACUGUAAGUUUCAGAUUACACAAAGUAACUGGGUGCAUAAGUUGCUCACACCUCUGCCAUUUGUUUGUUGUGUACAAAAUAACUUUUAUAGUAUGUGGACUGGUCUUCUUAAGACAUUUUUACUGAUAUUUGCAAAAUCAAUAUUUUGGUGUGAUAAUCAUUCCUGCUUUUGUAUUUGAAAUGUAAAACACCUAGGUUAUCGAGAGAAUAUACUUCUAUGGAAUUUCUCCCUAUACUUCAGAAAAUGCAGCUAUUAAGAAAAUUCUCUAUUUUGUAUUUUUGUACUUUUUUAUAUACUUUUGUAUUAUAUUGUGUUCUGACACAGAGGAUUGUGCCAUUUGAGUGCCUCAUUAAAGAAGAUGAAUGAAUCUAUUGAUGGUAAAUAUUGUACAUUGUGUUCUUUACAUGUAUUACCAAGAUGUUUUCUCUUUUUUCUGUACUGUGCCAUUUUUACUGUGUAUUUUAUAGCAUUAUUAUGAAAUAAUAUGUAUUGUUAAAGGGUUGUUGUGCCCAUUUUAAAAAAAGAUUGUGAUAAUUAAAUAUUGUGCAUAUUUUUUUAUUCAUUUGCAGUGCAAUCGAUUACAAAUGUUGAGAAACUUGUUUUGUGUUAAGUCUCAUAUACAUUCAUUCUUGAAGAAAAAAAAUCCCAAUAUGUAUUGACAAUGGUAAGAUGAUGGUCCUUUAUAAAUUUGUAGUGAAAUACCUUGGACUUGGUUCUUGGAUCUGGUGCUAAACGGACUCUUCUUAAUUUAAUAUAUUGAAUAUUUCUUGAGAGACUGACCAACUUCAAGGUGUUUUUCUUCUUUUAAUUUUUUUUGUUUCUUUUUCCCCUUGACUUCAUGUGAUACUUUGAUAACCAGGCACAUGCAGUGCAAGUAUUUUCAAUUUCCUUUGCCAAAUAUGGAGUAAAUGCAGAAUCUUAAAUGAACAUGCAUACAUUUGGUGUUACACUACAAAAGCAAAAGAUAUGAAAAAUAAUCAGUGGUGCACUGAGGGAGGUGUGUAAAAUAUCAAAAGUCGACUGGACACACUGGCUGCCUUAAUAUUUUCUUACAAAGAAUUGUUCAUCAAAGAUCAAUAUAAAGUGUAUUCUUAUUUGUUGACUUAUACUUAACAUUUAUAAAGUUAACAAUUGAUAUAUUAAAUGACUUUCGUUAGUAUGGAAAAUUAGUGAAAGCUGUAUUUUUGAAUGUGUGUCAUUGACUUGGAGGGGUGGGGGGACCAGAGACCCCUGAGCCUCCCACUCUCACAAAUGGGUGCGCCACAAAGUAAUAACUAACAUGUGCCAAAUAUGCAUAUUUUGAAUAUUUCUGUCAAAUAUAUUGUAAAUUAAGUAGAAUUUACUUGUGCUUUAGCUAGAAAAAUCUCUUUAGGUUAUGGCACUAUGUUACAUGCUGUUACUGUUAAGUUGAUAGAUUCUGAGAACCUAGAGCUUUUGUAUAAGGCUGACUGUCAAACAUAUCAGAUAUGGAGCAUUUUCAAAUAUGUAUAGUAUAGUGUGUAUAGUAUUACAAAAUAAAUAAUUAAAUUGAAAAAAAAAAAAAUAUAUUUUUGCUAACGUUCUUAAACAUUUUUAGUGUGAAUUUGUAAUUUUUUUUCUUUUAUAAGUUUAGUCAGCUCUGAAAUUAUGAUGUGAUGUUAACAAGAUAUGUACAUGAAUUAAAGUUUAUGGAUAUCAGCAACCUUCGAAGAGAAGGCUUAUUUACACUAGAUCUGUUAAUGAGGUUUGAACAAAUUGUGUAAUGUGAAAAUAUAUAAUAUUUGUUUAAUUGUGUAAUAUAAUGUGAAUAGUAAAGGUACCCGCUGUCAUUUCCUAAGGGAUGGUCAAAGAUAAGGCAAAGAAGUGCAAAGUAAAAGAAUUGAAUUUCUCUUUUUUUUGUUGCCAACUUCACUGUUAGUAUUUCCAAUGUGUAAUGGGAUUAUUUGGGCUUAUCUAUUAUCGAAACAGAGAAAAUAAUCUUGUUUGUUAUUAAAGAAGGUUAAAUUAGUUUUUAAAAAUUAUGUGAAAUUUGAACAAGAAAAAUAUAAAAGAAUUAAUUUGGGGAAGGCAACUUCAUGGAAAUGAUUUCCAAUAAGUUUUAUUUUGUCUCAUUAGCGAUCUUGAUACAAUUACAUUUCAGAUCGAAUCAAGCCAGGGCUGGAUAUAGAAAAGUUCAGGGAGGGAGGACGACUUCGUUUGGACCUCCCCCAUUAUUAAAUGUGUUCAAGAAAAAAAUUUUUAAAAGUGAAUUCCUUCAUAAUAUACCUUCCAUUCUGGCUUAAUGCGAUUAUUCAGAAUGUGACAAAUUUAAUUUGUGAUAUUUGUUUUGAACAGAAUUAAAUAUCCGACC